AUAAUCAUUUCUUCUAUUUCAGUAGAUAAUCAUGUCAAAGCUUUGGAUUUUCGUGGCGAUCGCAUUCGUUCCACUCGUCAUUGCAUACCCAUUCAUCAGCGAGGAAGAUGCAAGCUAUCAAGUAAAUUUAAAUAUGGAAUCGGACGAUAGUUCAGUUACCACUGAUGAUGAUGAUUACGGGAAUGAUGUGAAAUUUGAGCUUGAUAACAAAGAAGAAUGGGUCAUUGCUGAUGGUGAAGGGAUUGUUCGUAGUAUGAAUCCAUACCGUCUUUACCGUGGACAAAGCCAUUUCGCUCUUUCCAUGUUAAAAGCAAUGACAAAGCAAAAUCCACAGAAUAACCAGAUCUUCUCGCCGCACAGCACUUAUCGUGCUCUUCUUAUUGCUUAUUUCGGAACUGAAGGCCAAUCCAUGAAGUCAUUGGGAAAAUCCAUGUACAUGGAUUGGGCUGACGAUAAAAAAUAUAACGCUAGAUCAUACAAAGCCGAAUUGAUGGCACGAUCGGAACGCUUUUUGGGUCAAGGACUUCAAUUUAACUCUGUCGAUAGACUCUACGUUUCGAAGGAGGUUGAACUAAAAUCACAUAUCACCGACUUGUUCACUGAUUCCAUCAAAAAGGUCGAUUUCACCGAUGCAGAAGCUCGUCGUCAAGAGAUCAACGCUUGGGUUGAAGAAGUCACACAAAAUCACAUCAAAGAUUUGCUUCCAACCAACUCAAUUUUCCCAACGACCAAAGCAGUUUUGGCCAAUGCUGCCUUCUUCAAAGGACUGUGGGCCAUCAGAUUCAACAAAACAAACACACAAAAGAAAUUAUUCAACGGAGCCGCUCCAGCUGAGGUUGAAAUGAUGACUGUCAAAGAUGAAUUCUCUUAUGGUGUUCUUGAGAAGGAAAAUGCAGCUUACUUGGAAAUGCCAUAUCAGGGUGAAGAUCAAGCUAUCACCAUGUACGUGUACUUGCCACUUGAGAACACACCAAACGCUGUUGAUGAUUUAGUAGACACAAUGACCAUGGAAACCAUUCAAGAAGCAUUUAGAGGUGAAAUCCCACAAGAAGUUGAUGUUCAAUUCCCGAAAAUGGCAUUGGAAGGGAAUUAUGAAUUGAAAAAUAUUCUGGAAAAAAUGGGCAUCAAGAAUUUGUUCGGUUCUCCUUUAACUGGGUACUCUGACGAAGCAUCAUUGUCAUUCGAUGAUAUGGUUCAUAAGGCCAAACUUGAAAUCGAUGAAGAUGGUUCGGUCGCAGCUGCUGCCACAUCAACAAUGAGCCGAUCAAUGACAUUCAUGCAACCAGAACCAGUCCAAUUCCAUUGCGAUCGUCCAUUCGUUUUCAUGAUCAACGAUCGCGUUUCGCACGAAGUGCUGUUUGCAGGCGUCUAUCGUGGACCAAACAAUUAAAUU